GCUUCGGAGCCUGGUCCAUCCAUGCCCGCGUAUUACCUGGUGAAGUGGAUCACCUGGAAGGAGAAGAAGACUCCCAUCAUCACUCAGAGUGAGAAUGGACCCUGCCCCCUGCUGGCCAUCAUGAACACACUCUUCCUGCGCUGGAAGGCCAGACUUCCUGCUCAGACCGAGGUCGUCACCGCCGAGGAUCUGAUGGCUCAUCUGGGUGAGUGUGUGUUGUCGGUCACACCCAGAGAGAAAGCUGACGGGAUGGAGCUCAACUUCCAACAGAACAUGAGUGACGCCAUGGCUGUCCUUCCCAAGCUGUCCACAGGUCUGGACGUUAAUGUGCGUUUCACAGGAGUGACCGAUUUUGAGUACACACCAGAGUGCAUCGUGUUCGACCUGUUGGAUAUCCCGCUGUACCACGGCUGGCUGAUCGACCCACAGACAAAGCUGGCAGUUAGACGGAAAAAGAAACUGAGCUACAACCAGCUGGUAGAGAAAAUCAUCGACUACAAACACUCCGUUGACAGCAGCCAAGUCAGCGAAGGUCUGGUGGCGGAGCAGUUCCUGGAGUCGACCGCCACCCAGCUGUCGUAUCACGGCCUCUGUGAACUCAACACAACGGCCAAAGAGGGCGAGAUUUCGGUGUUCUUCAGAAACAACCACUUCAGUACCAUGAUCAAACACAAGGGCCACCUGUACCUGCUGGUGACAGACCAGGGCUUCCUGCAGGAGGAGGGCUUGGUCUGGGAAUCUCUUCACAACGUCGAGGGUGACGGAAACUUCUGUGACUCCGACUUCAGACUGUGUCAUCCUCCCCAGAGAGCUCCGCCUGCCUCCACCCUACCCCCCACCAUCCAGGAGCAGCAGAGACAGAUUGACCAGGACUACCUGGUGGCGGUGUCCCUGCAGCAACAGCAGCAGGGAGAGGCCCCGGGGCCCAUCAGUGACCUGGAGCUGGCCCGACAGCUGCAGCAGGAGGAAUACCAGCAGCAGCAGCAGCAGCAGCAGGGAUCAGUGCAGACACCACCACAGGUGAGAGGUCAGGGGUCACAGCAGGCCAGGAGAAGAGACAAGGACUCAGACUGUGCCCUCCUAUAGAUUCUUCUUCAUUGUCGUCAUCAUCAUGUGUAACAGCACCAGACUCCCCGAGUAGAGCCUGCCUGCAGCGUGGACAUCACACUGUCAGCUCGAUGCCCGACCCCAGUGCUUUGUCCAGCAGGUGACAAUCCGGGAUUCCAGGCUUUGGAAAUGGAUUGUGGUAGAAGAGACAGGUCCUGCCAGAGAGAGACGUUUCACAUGGGUGGACAUUUAUGGAGAAGCUUCUGAUCAGGCCCAACUGGAAA